UAAAUGCCUCUCUCGUAGCUCAUAAACCCUAAGGAGGGCGAACUCCAAACCCUAACCAGCUCUAGCUGUUCCUUUCUCCUCUGUGAUGGGGCGGCGCAAGAGCAAGGCCUUCGCCCAAGAGAAUCAGAGCCUCGUUCCGUCCUCCUCUGGGACCGAGAGCGCCCGAGUGGAGGUGGAGGACGAGGCGAUGGAGGAAAGGGUCGAGAGUGUCAGUCUUGACGAUUCGCCUUUGAUUGGCGCGGAGAACACUAGCGCCGACUACUACUUCGACUCAUACUCCCAUUUCGGUAUUCAUGAAGAAAUGUUAAAGGACGUAGUUAGAACAAAAACAUACCAAAAUGUUAUUUACCAGAAUAAGUUUCUUUUCAAGAACAAGGUUGUCCUUGAUGUGGGUGCAGGAACUGGAAUUUUAUCUCUAUUUUGUGCUAAAGCUGGGGCAAAGCAUGUAUAUGCAGUGGAAUGCUCCCAGAUGGCUGAUAUGGCAAAAGAGAUUGUUCAGACAAAUGGAUAUUCUGAUGUGAUAACAGUUCUAAAAGGAAAAGUUGAAGAAAUUGAGCUUCCAGUGGCUCAUGUAGAUGUUAUCAUCUCUGAGUGGAUGGGAUAUUUCUUGCUGUUCGAGAACAUGCUAAACACAGUUCUCUAUGCACGUGAUAAAUGGCUUAUCAACAAUGGUAUUAUCUUACCAGACAAGGCUUUACUAUAUUUGACAGCAAUUGAGGAUGCUGAAUACAAAGAAGAUAAGAUUGAAUUUUGGAACGAUGUGUAUGGAUUUGAUAUGAGCUGCAUUAGGAAGCAAGCAAUGGCCGAACCACUUGUUGAUACCGUUGAUCUAAAGCAAAUUGUUACCUCUGACAUUAUGAUCAAGAUGAUGGAUAUAUCUGAAAUGACUUUUGGUGAUGUCUCCUUCACGGCACCUUUCAAACUAGUAGCAGAACGCAAUGAUUUCAUACAUGCAUUUAUGGCGUACUUUAAUGUUCAAUUCACCCAGUGUCACAGGGAGACAAGCUUUUCUACUGGCCCAAGAUCAAAGGCUACCCACUGGAAACAAACUGUUCUUUACCUUGAUGAGGUACUAACAAUUUGCAAGGAUGAAGUAAUUUAUGGGAACAUGACAGUGGAGCCGAAUAAGAAGAAUCCACGGGACCUGGAGAUAACGAUCGACUACACAUUGAAUGGAAAACGCAGUCAAGUAUCUAGCACCCAACACUAUAAGAUGCGAUAACCAUGGAAUUCACAAUUUGCAAAAAUUUGUUUAUGAUUCUAUGGGGUUCUCCCCACAAUUUUUUAUUCAAAAAAUUCUAAGAUUUGCAAUUGUCUGAAAUAUUUAUAAGCUGGUGUUCUUGUUAGAUGCAGUCGUCGGGGUUAAGUUAAUUGUAGUAAUUGAAUUGCUCCCAGUGAACGUCAAUAUUCCUUGGAAUGGAUUUUUUAGGCAGGAAUUACUUAUGUUUUCGGGAAAAUCUCCUGUAUUUGUCACUAUAUGAUCAAACGAUUGUUAAAGGACAUCAGCUUUGCAACCAUUGUUUGCUGUUUUGGUGAA